AUGCGUGGCAAAACUCUUGCAGUGAUCGAACACGCGCUCCUCAGAAAGUAUGGCACCAAUUAUAAAGACUCUUCUGAUGGUGUUGAUAUUGAUAUUUGGGCAGAGUGUGGAGGUCUUAACAUUGACUGUCUGGCCAACGAUUUCGACUUUGAUGAUAUUCUAGAGUUUAGCGAAGACAGCGAGAGUGGUUCUAGUGGGAGUCCUAUGGAUGUUGUCCCAGCAGAGGAUGCUGGUCCACGUUCGACUGUUAUGGGCCUUAGUGCUAUACCGAUUGGUCUCGAUGUUGAUCUUGCAGCUGGUCCAGCCGAUCACGGGCCCUCGUUGUGUACAUCGGAUACUAUUGUUGAGAUGGCGCGGUGGUCUAGAAUGCCCGAGGGAUUGGUUUUCCGGGUUCCUGAGUCUCACGAACGUCCUUGGGCGCCCCCAACAGGUUUCAUCGCGCUCUACGAGCAUUACUUCAGUGAAUGUGGUCUUUGGUUCCCUUUACCAGAAUUUUUGAUGCGUUAUUGCGCGAGGCGUAGGAUUGCUAUCUCUCAGCUUUCUGUGGGAGGUAUCCGUAACGCAGCCGGUUUGGCGAUACUUGGUACUAAUUGUGGUGUAGAGGUUGAUGUGUAUUUUCUAGAGGAAGCCACCAAGUUUAUGAAAGUUAGAGGUAGUCCAGGAUACUUCUACACUAGUGCUAAAUCGGGUCACCAGAUCAUCGUCGGAGCUGAAAAGAAGAUUCGUCAUUGGCAGCGUUAUUUCUUCUUUGUCAGGCUGGAUGAGAUUUCGGUUGAUGAUCUCAAUAUGUUUUUUGCUACUGAGUGGAACAUGUUUCCCGGGAGCUUCAUUAGCCUGUCGUUCGCUUGCGCGCUCAUCCUCCAGGUUUUUUUCGAUAAUCUCAGAAUGAUCAAAGCCCUAGGGGCGCUCGAUUGGCCUUCGAUUACUCAGAGAUCUCGUCCUCACCCUUUUGCUUUCCUUUUCAGGUCUACCAUGCUAAUGAUGGGAAAGGUUAACAUUCGUCUUCCACGAUAUGCUGAUCAGUUCAAGAAGACCGUUGAUGCGGGGUCUUCCUCGCGCGCUGGUGACACUGAGGUCAUCGAUCCUCCAGCUGGCGGAGGUGCCAAUCUGCGAGUUGCAGGAGAUUUGAGGUCGGCGGAGGUAGCCGCUGCCCGUGCCGACAAGAGAGCUGCCAAGGUUCCUGCUGCUGUUCCGCAUGCGCAGAAGUCACGUGGUGAGGCUUCUGAUGCGUUAGCGAUCGUUGUCGCUGAUUAUGGGCAUCCUACUCCGAAGAGGAAGAGAGCUUCUCAUGGCGAGGUGGUUGUUCCUGAGCCCGAGUCGUCCAAGAGAUCUAGGAGGGAUGGCAUACCGCGCGACACCAUUGAGAUUGAUGAUUCGUUCUCCUUUUCUUACAAGACGAAGUACGAGUUGUUCAUCAACAACGGAGCUACUUGUGGCGAGCUUGCUGGCAAGGUUCGCGGCUCUUUUGACCCGCUUCCUUCUGUGGGUUCUCUCUAUGAUCCUGAGCUGUAUCGAUCGUGGGCUCGGAAGCACUUUCAGGAUGGUGGGGGUGUGAACCGCAUGGUCGUCUCGUACGAGCGUUGCAUUGCCGAGCUGGAGAAGCAACUUGCUGAGUCUCGCGCUUCUAAGCCAUCUAGGCGGUCGGCUGAGGAGCUUCGUCAGGAUCUUGACAAGGAGCGAGGGGUUUCUGCUGCUCUCACGAAACAAGCCACCGGUUUCAGGAGACAGGUGGCCGAUCUCAAGGCUUCUCUUGAUGCUUCCCGCUCUCGUAUCGAGCAGUUCGAGAUUGACCACGCAUUUUAG